UGCAGCUCCUCCCCCUCACUUUUGUCAGUCAGAGGGUGCAGGUGUUGGUAAUGGAUGUCAAGGUGCCUUUUCUCCUCCUGAGUCUCUUGACAAAUUUGACUCUCUGCUUUGAAUAUGGGUCACCAGUAACCGAUCUCCAUAGAGUGGCACUGUUGAAGCAGGAUCUUCCCAGUGACUAUUUGGUUCCCAUUAGUUAUGUUCCCAACGAGGUGGCUGGCACUUGUUGGGUGGUGCUAAAUAUCUAUCCAUUGGAGCAAAGUCUUGAGAGAUUGACCAACAAUUUUGGUGACAAAUCCACCAACAGAGAAAGCCUGCUUAUUUUUAUUGAAAUUCUCCAAACUGUGUGGCUGAAGUUUGACCAUAUGAAAGUGGAAAUAUUGAUGCAGUACUUUGAUUGCCACUAUCAGGAACAGCACAUACCAUCUGGCCCUUACUUUGACUACAUGGAAAACCUCUUACGUGGAGCUGAUCGAGGACUAUUUGAUUUCUCAUGUGAACCACCACCGUGCCCAAGUACUCGACAAACAUUUACGACUCCUCAAGAAACAUCCCAGUCACCACCUAACCUUAGAACUCAACAAACACCAGAGUUUCUGGAGGACGACAACUUGACGCUUUUGAUUUUUGUCACCAUCUCCAUUGCAGUUUGUGUCAUUGUUUGUGUGUUUUUGUCGCUGGUGAGUAAACCAUCAAACCCCUAACCCACAAGUACUGUUGAGUCAACAAUUUCAUUCAUCCAUGCUGGCUUAUGGAUAAAUGCCAACAAAACGUUUGAGUUUAAUACCGAUAGAAAACACUUUAUAGUGGUGUACUUUUAUCAGUAAAAUAUGAUCAAUAUGUUAAACAAACCUGCCAGACAUUCCUAUUUGGUAUUAAAAUUGUGUGCAUGUUGGUGUAACACCUCCUUUAAGACAUGCUAUGUAGCUUCACAGGAAGCAUUACUUCCAUGAGUCUGGUUGGUUGGGAGUAGCGUUUGCAGUAAUAAGAGGGCUAAGCAUAAAAGCAAAGCGGUCUAAAUUUACUGAUCAAUCUGCACUUUUAUUCUCAUCUAUUGUCAUGAGCUUUUGGUAGUGACCACAAGUUUGAGUUCGUGGAUACAAGCAGCAGAAAGGAGUUUCCUUCUAAGAAUGGGCUCUCAGUCAUUUGAGGAACUCUGAGUAGAGCUGCUACACAUUAGAAGGGGGCAGUUGAGAUUGUUCAAGCUACUGACUAGGCCUCCUAGGUAUGUUGUUGUGGUCAUGUCCCACCGGGAAGAGGCCAAUGGACAGACCAAACACUUGCUGGAGAGACUACAUCUCUCGGCUAGCUUGGGAAUCUCUUGGUGUCACCCCCGGAUGGACGAGCUGGUGUGGGGAGUCUGGUCUUCUCUGCUCAGACUGCUGCCCUUGCAACCCAAACCCAGAUAAGCAGUGAAAGAUGGAUGGCUUGUUGCACAAUGGCAUAAGCAUUAAGCUCAAAACUCUUUUUCCUGUGUACAACCUCUCCAGAAGUGCACUCUUGGCUUUCGGUUAUUCAGGCAGAUAACUGCAUUAGUGCAGAAAUGGUCCGUAAUGCAAGCUGAGAAAGCACGGGACCACAGCUGUGCUGCUGCUUUUUAACAGUUCAAAGAGGACUGCACGGUCCUCUCUGGAUAAAGAAACCCUAAUUUGGGGUAUCUAUUUUGAACCUCUUCUAAAGAGAAUCGCCCUUAGUGUUAAAACUUCAACUCAGCUGUACAGACUCUUGGCCUGUGUGGUCUAAUAAAGCCUAUUUCCUAAUGAGUCUUCAUUUUAGUUGGCACUUCCAGGAAGGCAAUUCUUCUAAAGUUCAACAGCUCAUCAAAAAUUCAGCAGUACUUUGAGGCUGUUUUUGUAUGAUAAACAUUAUUUGGGUGCUCUUUUUUUUUUUUGUUUGU